CCAAUGCAUUUCUUGAUGGACUUGCUUUUGGAAGACCCAAGACCCCCCCUCAAAACUGGCGCACACGAGCCGGAGGCCAGCAACUCGUGGUCAUCACUGUCGCCCACGGGCACGCUGCCCACAGCGCGGUAUUACCACACUGCGGUGUGGGGCAUUUCGUCUUCGGGCAAACAUGGGUUUUACAUCUUCGGGGGCGAUGCCAGCAACUCGUGGUCAUCACUGUCGCCCACGGGCACGCUGCCCACAGCGCGGUAUUACCACACUGCGGUGUGGGGCAUUUCGUCUUCGGGCGAAUAUGGGUUCUACAUCUUCGGGGGCCAUGAUGGCGGCCUUUUGAACGAUUUACACUUCUACUGCCAGGCCAGCAACUCGUGGUCAUUACUGUCGCCCACGGGCACGCUGCCCACAGCGCGGUAUUACCACACUGCGGUGUGGGGCAUUUCGUCUUCCGGCAAACAUGGGUUCUACAUCUUCGGGGGCUGGACUGGCAGCCG